AUGGAGAUAUCUAAUAGUGAGGACAGAACUGUGCAGAUAUCUAAUAGUGAGGACAGUACUGUGGAGAUAUCUAAUAGUGAGGACAGAACUGUGCAGAUAUCUAAUAGUGAGGACAGAACUGUGGAGAUAUUUAAUAGUGAGGACAGAACUGUGGAAAUAUCUAAUAGUGAGGACAGAACUGUGGAGAUAUCUAAUAGUGAGGACAGAACUGUGGAGAUAUCUAAUAGUGAGGACAGAACUGUGCAGAUAUCUAAUAGUGAGGACAGAACUGUGCAGAUAUCUAAUAGUGAGGACAGAACUGUGGAGAUAUCUAAUAGUGAGGACAGAACUGUGGAGAUAUCUAAUAGUGAGGACAGAACUGUGGAGAUAUCUAAUAGUGAGGACAGAACUGUGGAGAUAUUUAAUAGUGAGGACAGAACUGUGGAGAUAUCUAAUAGUGAGGACAGAACUGUGUAG